AUGACUGCGCAGGACGUCGGGGGAUAUCAAUGCUACUAUCAGAGCCCUGCUGGCUUCUCACAGCACAGUGACCCCCUGGAGCUGGUGGUGACAGGAUUCUACAGCAAACCCAGCCUCUCAGCCCUGCCCAGCCCUGUGCUGACCUCAGGAGGGAACGUGACCCUCCAGUGUGGCUCAUGGAAGGAGUUUGACGGCUUUAUUUUGGUGAAGGAAGGAGGACACCACCUCACCUGGACCCUGGACUCACAGCAAAAACCCAGUGGGCAGUUCCAGGCCCAGUUCCCCGUGGGGCCUGUUAACCCCACCCACAGGUGGACAUUCACAUGUUAUGGCUAUUAUAGGAGCAAACCCCAGGUGUGGUCAAUUCCCAGUGACCCCCUGGACCUCCUGGUCUCAGGUAAGGAAUUCCCAUGUUUCACUCCAAUAUUUGUUGAGGCUGCGACCUUGUGGGCAGAGACCCAGGGGCUGGGAUCUGAGGGGCUGUGCUGGGACCCAGCCUCUGAUUCCCUUGCAGGGACCCUCCCCAAGCCCACCCUGUGGGCUGAGCCAGGCUCUGUGAUCGCCCGGGGAAGGCCAGUGACCAUCUGGUGUGAGGGUCCCCUGGAGGCCCAGGAGUUCCGUCUGGAUAAAGAGGGAAGCUCAGUGUCCUCGGUCAGCCCGAGCCCACAGGGGCCCAGGAACAAGGCCAAGUUCUCCUUCCCGUCCAUGACUGAGCACCAUGCAGGGAGAUAUCAAUGUUAUUAUCGCAGCCCUGCUGGGUGGUCAGAGCGCAGUGACCCCCUGGAGCUGGUGGUGACAGGAUCCUACAGCAAACCCUGGCUCUCAGCCCUGCCCAGCCCUGUGGUGACCUCAGGAGGGAACGUGACCCUCCAGUGUGGCUCAGGGCAGGGAUAUGACAGGUUUGUUCUCACCAAGGAAGGAGGACACCACCUCACCUGGACCCUGGACUCACAGAUACUCCCCAGUUGGCAUGUCCAGUCCCUGUUCCCUGUGGGCCCUGUGACGUCCAGCCACAGGUGGACAUUCACAUGCUAUGGCUACUACAGGCAUGAACCCCAGGUGUGGUCAGUGCCCAGUGACCCCCUGGAGCUCCUGGUCUCAGGUGAGGAAGCUCCAUCUUCCCCUGACACACUUGGGGACAUUAAGCAGGGACUUGGAGGCCUCUUCCUUAGGAUGGCCCCAGGUGAGAGAAAGGGGAGAGAAUCAGGGACACCUGACCAGAGUCCCCAGGUGUGAGAGGGUGACCUGCAGGCAGGACGGGGGGAGGCAGGGGGUUGGCAGGGUCCAGCCCUCAGCCCAGGCUCCUCUUCCUCCAGGGGUGUCCAGGAAGCCCUCCCUCCUGACCCAGCAGGGCCCUGUCCUGGCCCCUG